AUGACAUCGAUCGUAUCUUUCCUCCAAGAUAGACACCUCCUUCAGGAUGCCGAGGAAGACAAGAAGAUCCAGAAGAGGGCAUCCAGAUUUACAAUCCUAAAUGACGUCUUAUACAAAAGUGGUUUCUCCAUACCUUACUUGAAGUGUGUCAAUGAAGAGGAAGCCAAGUACAUCCUGGAAGAAAUCCAUGCUGGCCCUAGAUCCUUGGUGAGCAAGGUCAUUCGAACAGGUUAUUUCUGGCCUACAAUGCAGAUGGAUGCAGUAGAGCUCGUCAAAAAGUGUGACAAGUGUCAAAGGUUUGAGAUUCCAAGGACGAUCAUAUCAGAUAAUGGGCGGCAGUUGAACAGCCAGGGCUUCAGGGACUUCUGUUCAGGCCUAGGCAUCAAAAACCAGAUCUUAUCCCCAGGGCAUCCACAAGCGAAUGGACAGACGGAGGUGACGAAUUGGACACUACUUAAGAUAAUCAGAGCUAAGCUAGACGACACGAAGGGUGCCUAG